UACUGAAAAAUUAAUGCCGGAAGUAAAAGUUUCUUCAAGCUUAAACUUGACAUCAAACACAGCUACCAGCUGAAACAGAAGACCUGCAAGUAAACCACAUGCUGAACUGAGAGUCAUGGUGGUGAAGAAGAAGACCGCCAAAGUCGAGGCUGUGGUUUUGGAUGAGGACAGACUGCAUAAGCUAUUAGCGUCCCUCUCUGUGGAUGGAGGAGAAGAUGGAGUCAGGCAGCUUGCCCAGACCCUGCAGUCCUGUUUGGAGCUGACAGAGCCCGUGCAGCAGAUCCAGCUGGUCAAAAAGGCGGGGUCCCAGCUGGAGUCGCUGAGUGAAGAGCAGCCUGAUGGAGUUCUUCUGGGAGCCUGUCUACACACCCUGUCUCUGAUCUUCACCUCCCUGCAGGCCAAGAACCCCCUACGACGAGCCGUUGCCAGUGCCUUAGGUUCAGUUCCAGUUUGGCUACAAGAGCGAACUGUGAACAGUUUAUCUGCCUGCUUGUCCGACUGUCUGUCCCACCCAACAUCAGACCGAUACCCAAACAUCGUUGACACCAUCACGGCCUGUCUGGAUGGCUUCACUCUCGGUGAGGGAUGUAUUAACAGACUUCUGCCUGAAGUGUUGCAGUUCCUUCACAAGGGAUUGAGUGAAUACCUCCACCAGAACAGUGGCCUAGCAGGACGUCACAUAGCCCAGGCCCAGCUAAUGCAGUCCUGUCUGGCUGCAGUAAAGACCUCCAUGUUGGUGAUCCAGAGAACCCAGGAGACCGUCAGUACUGCCCUGCAGACUGAAAAGAAUCGUUGCGAGCUGGAGGACGCACUGAGCAGCCUCCUCGGCUGCUACAUACACAUCCUCACUGAUGAGGAGUUCAUCCAGUCUGUCCAGAGUACAGCCGGCAUGGCUGUGGUGUUAUUGAUCAGGUCCGUCAUGGGUUGUGGAGAUGAUGUUGCCUCUGUGGUGUGCAGUUUGCUGUGCAGUUCAACGCAGGGUUUGGACUCAGCCCCUUGCUGGCUAAAGCAGAGGUGCGAGGGUCUGUGUACCCGUGGUCGCCCGCCCGGUGUCGCUCUGUAUCUGUGUCACGGGGCUCUGGCCAUGUUGAGCUGGAAGAGCGCUCUCCCAGGGCCGCAGUGGGAACGAUUGUUGCUGUCGGUCCCAAACACGCUACUGGAUCUUGAUGUCAGUAUAAAAGAGUCCAGUACAGCCAUGGUGGUAGCUCGGGUGCUGACCCUGUGGAGCGGUGCUGCCUUGGACUGCCUGCAGGGGGGGGAUCAGCCCUGCCCUGCCCGCCUUGCGCAGUGCCUCAGCGGGGGUUCAGAGCUACAGCAACAUCUGCUGGAGCACAUCUAUUCUCACUGGGAGCACCCACUGGAUGGAGUCCGCCACCAAACCCGCUCCCUGUUCCACAACCUCCUCCUCCUCCAUCAGCGUGCAAACCCCUCCACCACUGACCCAACCAAAGAUUCUUACGUCACGGAGCUCACCCAAAGCCUGCUGGGGCUGGAGUGGCACAUGAGGGGGAAGUACGGCUCCUUGGGCUGCCUCGUGGAUCUGUAUGGGGCAGGGUACCUGCUUGACAUCCAGCGCCAGCUGCCUUCAAGUCUCCUGGGCCUGAUGGGGGACCAGACUCUGGCUCCUUAUGCCAGCGACCUCCUGGAGAGGCUGUUUGUCAGCCACAAGGCCCAGCUGGCGAGUGAGGCUGGUGCAGCACGCAAAACAGCUACUGAGGAUUGGAUGGAGUGCUGGCAUCAGACGUGGGUAACCCCUCUGCUACAGGUGCUGUGCCGUGCCAGACUGGACCAGACCACAUACAUCCUGGACUAUUUCCUGCCCAAGCUGCUACGCUGCAGCCCAUCUAGUCUGGCGCACAUGGUACAAGCUUUGCAGGACACACCACCGUGCAGCACAGGUAAAGGUCCUUCCGGCAGCAGAGGAGCUCUCGGAGCACUCAUGACAUGUCUGCGGGCAGCCAGAGCCCAGGGUGUCGUUCCAUCGUCGGAGGAGGGUCUGUGGGGAGGACUGGUGCCGCUGUCCUUACUCAAGCAAGCUCUGGUACACAAACAUGAUCAAGUGAGGAUGGAUGCUUUGGGCUUGGUGUGUGAAAGCCACCGCAGCACUGAAGUUCUGACCUCACAGGAAAUGGACCUGAUCCGCCACUUUCUGCCACCUAAUCUUAACAGUCAGUCACCAGGCGUCAGACAGCAGACUGUCAGCCUGCUGAAGAAGUUGCUUUGUAGAAUGAAGGACAGCGCUCUGAUGCUGCAGAAGAAACUCAUCCAGGAGAGAGACCAGGAGCAGCGAGAAAGAGACCAACACACACUGCAUCUGUACAAGGAGUUCCUGCACUGGAUGUGUGUGAGACUGCUGGAGGUUUUGCUUCCAGGGGCUUCCUUCUCUAAGUGCCUUGUGUCCCUCCACCUGCUGUGUCUGCUGGGCCAGCUCUUCACCUUCAGCACAGGGCCUGAGGUGUUUGCCCUGGGCGAAGUAGUGACCUCUGCCCAUGCUCAGAACGUCCUCUACUGUGUUGCCAGCAACUUCCUGGAAGUCAAGCAACUGGGGUCAACGUUACUAAGGCAACUCCCACCAUCAGCUGUGGGACUGCAGGUCCAGGAGAGGAUGCGUUGUGUCCUUCAGGCUGCUCUGGACCUCAGCACCAGCACUAAGCCCUUUGACAGUGUCACAGCAGCCCACCUCCUCAACCUGCUGCUCCACCAGCCGGACCUGAGCCAGGCUCUGCUGCACUGCGCGCAGGAGCAGGGCCUCCUUUUCCAGCCUCCGUCCCCACCAUCCCAGCCCUCUGACACUGUCAUCUUGGAGCUCAACACACUGGCCGUGGUUCAGUUCUUGCUGCACUCUCUGAAGUCAGAAGUGUCAAGGGCCGAGUCGUCUCUCUUGCAGGCAGCUGCUUCCUGUCCUCUCUACGGCAGAGCCCACUGCAUCACUGCUGUCCUGCAGCAUCUAAACACUGAGAGUUUGAGCCAGACUGAGCAGUGGAGACAUCUGGUGUCAGAACUGAUUACUGUGUGCUACAGGAUGUCUGACGUGGUCUCCCCUGUAGUCCAGAGCUCCUCCCCAGAAGGGCUCAUCCCCAUGGAUACUGACUCAGACACUUCAGCCGGUCUGCAGAGGAUCCUGCAGGAGAUUCAGCCCAGAGACACCAAUGACUUCUUCACUAGCGCCCGAGAGUUGGACACACACCACGGAGAAGAUCACACACAGACCCAGAUCAAACACACACCGUCACUGGACACUGGCGGUGAGGGCUACAGGGUGACAGCCCAGAUGGUGCUGGUAUGCUGCUGGCGGAGCAUGAAGGAAGUGGCCAUGCUGCUUGGACAGCUGUGUCAGAGCCUUCCUCUGCACUACACCAGUGACAACUCGGACCCACACACUGGGCUCAUCACAGAAGCGCAGGUGGAGGGAGUGGGUCUGUACUUCCGUCAGCAGCUCCUGCAGUCCCGUCAUCGUGGCGCCUUUGAACUGGCUUAUGUGGGCUUUGUACGCCUCACUGACAUGCUAUGCAGGAGUGGAAGUCAGGCCCUGCAGCAGCUUCCGGCCCGCUGGUUGACUGAGGUUCUGGAGGAGGUCAAAUCCAGCGACCCGUCGUCCAAGCUGUGUGCCACUCGACGCAGCGCUGGAAUACCAUUCUACAUCCAGGCUCUCCUCUCCUCUGAGCCCAAGUCGUCCAGUUGUAGCCUGUUGAAAAUGACCAUGAGGGAGCUGAUUGCUUUGGCUAUGCCCUCUGCUGACAGGACCACUGACAGCUCCACCGUCCCUCAGGUCCAUGCUCUGAACAUCCUCAGGGCUCUGUACAGAGACACUCGUCUGGGGGAAAACAUCAUUCCCUUCGUCUCAGAUGGAAUGCAGGCUGCUGUGCUGGGCUUCACUUCUCCUGUUUGGGCGGUGAGGAACUCUUCUACUCUUCUCUUCAGCACUCUGAUCACAAGGAUCUUUGGAGUGAAGAAAGGGAAGGAUGAGCACUCAAAAAAGAACAGGAUGACAGGCCGAGAGUUUUUCACUCGUUUUUCAGCACUCUACCCGUUCCUGCUGAACCAGCUGGAGGAAGCUGCAGCCACGGUGGAAAGUGACAGUGGACAGGUGAAGCUUCACCCCAGUCUGUUCUUGCUGCUGCUGGUGCUCAGUCGACUCUAUCCUUCUCCCAUGGAUGGAUCUUCUUCACCUCUGGGACUUGCUCCUUUCAUGCCCCUCAUCAUUAGAUGUGGUCGCUCAGCUGUGUAUCGGACCAGAGAGAUGGCGGCUCGGGCCCUCGUCCCCUUUGUGCUGGUCACCCAGGUCCCAUCCACCGUCAACACUUUACUGCAGGAGCUUCCUCUAGAGCCCGGGCCCAACAUCCAACACAACCACAUCCAUGGGACUCUGCUGCAGGUGCUGUUUCUGCUGCGCUCCUACCAGACUGACUCACACAGACCCCUGCCAGCAGGAAAUGGCAUCAGUGAAGCCCUCUGUCAGCGCAUGUGGCUUGCUUCUCGUCAAAAUAGCUGCGUGGUGACCAGAGGAGCCCUUAUAGAUGUGCUGGUGUGUCUAUGUGGGCCGAAGGUCAGUCUUCUGGAUGAUUCAGAAGUCGGUGAUCUCCGUCAGAAAGCUCUGUCCGUCCUGAUGUCCUCAGACCUCGUCACCUCUGACACUUCCUCGUCCGCCCUGGGGCCCGGCGGCACCCAGUACCUGCUCAGCCUUGCUCGGGUGGCCCUCAGUGCCAGCGUGGAGAUCCCCGAGCUCUGGGGGGGCCCUCAGCUCACAAGCCGGCUCCUGCAGGGUCUGCUGUGCUGCCCACAGUACGAGGUGAGGGAGCUGGCACUGGAGGGGGUCCUGAGGAGGCUACAGGAGGAGCAGGAAAAGGAGAGGAGAGCUCAGUGGCUGGACGAGACCACCCUGUGGAACCUGACCAGCCUGGCUCUUCACGAGACACACCCUCAGUGUCUGGCCAAGGUCCUCACAGUGUUGUGUGUGUUGAGCUCCAGCAGUGAGCUCCAGUGGAAGGAUGGUGUUCAGAUUUUGUCUCAAGAGGAGGUCCUGCUGCACCUUCUUGACAUGGCUCAGAAAUCUGCUUACAGCGUGGAGCUCCACUGUGCUGCCCUGACCCUGCUCUCUCAACUGGUAGUUCAAAUGGUGAACUCAGACCUUCAGGGUGCGAGUGCAGUGACUUGUUUAGCUCAGUGGGGGGUGCUGGUAUGCUCAUGCUGCAGUGAGGAGCAGCCAAUGGAGGUGAAGCUGACGGCCGCCAAGGUGUUGGUCAACUGUACAGCCACAGUGCUGAGCAGCCCUCACCUGCCACUGGGUCUGUCCACUACAGUUUCUCUGUGGAAGAGUCUGUUUACGCUGCUGCAGGAUGAAGACCAGGAAGUCCGAGAUUCAGCCUCCGACUUCAUCUGUAUGCCAACACCUCUUCUCAGCACAGGUGUCUCCGUGUGUCCUCCGGUAGCAGUGGACUCGGGCGUGGGUCUCCUGUGUCGGCUGUUUGAGCUGUGGGGACAGGUACCGGCGGGUGUCCUCACUCUGACAGAGUGGCUGCUGGGAGAAGAAGAGGCCAAUGGUGAAACAGUUGCAGACGAAGCUUGCGGUCUGGAUGAAGAGGACUUCCUGUUCGAGAAGGGGGAUCUGAACCUGUGGGCUGAGCCGGUGCAGUGGGUGAAACUGCUUCACAGACACCUGGGCUCCCUCAUCCUGACCUUCAGGCAGGCUACAGGAGGUGCAGGACUCGACCUGGUGCACCAAAUCCAUACUCUGUCAAGUCGGGCCCAAGCCAAGGCACUGAGCUCCCAGCAGGCCCUGGACUCCCUGCCUGCACUGCCCCAGUUCUCCUGCACCAUGGAGCACGCCCGGCUAGUGCUGCGGCACCAGAGGGCCACUCUGGCUCUAGAUGUUCUUGACAGGCUGAGGUAGAGGAGUCAGCUAUGUCUGCCUUCAAUUAGACCAAAUUUUGAAUUUUAGGAAAGAUGUGUUAAAUUCCACCGCAGAUUGGCUUUGUGGUCCAGUCUUUUUAUUAUCCAAUCAAGGGAAUGACAGAAACAGCUUCUUUUUUUUUUACUCUGUACUUAACUCUGACAAAUGUUGUCCUCACUGAGUACAAAGUGAGCUUAAACUUUUAUGAUGACUGUUCCUCGAUGGCUUUUAAAUUAAAUAUUAUGUCAGAAAUUACAACAUUUUUGAUUCUAGUGUUCUGUUCAAGUUCAGUGUCUCACUUCAAAUAAUAAAAAUGGACACUGAUAAUAUUAUCACUGUGUGAAUAUGUGUGGAGAAAUCUUAAGCCAUAACAGUAACUGAGGCUGAGCGAGUGAAAACCAGCGCUCCAUGCACUGUUCUCUUAUCAGUGGGAAUGUGUCACACGACAAACUUCAACAGUGUCAGUACUGAGCACGCAGAGCGUCCUGCUUUCUCCACGUCCAGCGGGGGAUUUAAGGUCGGAACAAAACAACUCGGCGCCUAAAGCUUCGAGCACCAGCUUCAAUGGCGCGAUUGUGCAGCAGCCGAGCUUUAUGACUGAGACAUGGGAUUGUGAAAGCAAGUGUUCUCUCUGACACGUCACCAGAGUUGUAUUUCAGUAUAUGCUCUGACUCCUACUGUAUGUUUAUACGAGGUGUUAUUUUCCUGUGAUAUUUAAUUUACUGCAGGAUUCUUCCCAUUGGACUGUGUUUUUAUGCUUCCCUCUACUUUUCCUGGUUAUGUAAUUAGGACAGCACAAUGGACUACUGUCCUCUGUGUGUGUGUGUGUGUGUGUGUGUGUGUGUGUGUGUGUGUACACAUGCGUAAGAAUAUGUGCGUGGAUUCAUGCUGCCCUCUCAUACAGCUGGACCCUUCUCCCUCUCUGGUAGCCAUGUUCCCUGUUACAGUAAAACUGACGUAAUGUUUUGGAACAGCUCAACAUCCCCCAAUAAAAACAGAGCCGUGUGAUGGGAGAGCGGUUUCUGCGGACGAGGACAUGUUCAAGGGAUUUCUCAGGAGCCUCUCCUCAUCUGUCCUUCACAUUAAACUAUUUAUCACAACUUCCAAAGCGCAAAUAGUCCCGGGGCAGCCCUCAGCCUAAUUUUAGGGUUGGUAGUAGUAGAUUCCAAGCUCUUAUGUCACUUGUUUUUCGCCUGUUGCUAUUUUCUUUUUUUUUCUUUUUUUCUUUUUCCUCACUCCCUUCUUCUCCAACCAAACCAUUCAGCACAAUAUUGAAUCAUAUCACAGAAAGAAAAUCAUUUUUAUAACCACACUAAAAAUUAUGAUCCAAUAUGGAAAAGACUUAAUGGUAACCAGUGUGUCAGAAACUGGUAGUUUCUUUUGAUAUGUGUUGUGCAAAGUUUUUCACCCUCCUGACCAAAAUAUCUGCCUUGCGCAGCCCUGUUGUAGAGCCCCAUCCGUCUGCUGCCAACUCUGCAAUUUUUCCACUGUGGUUUUUGAAACUUGACAUGACUCCAACAGCAGAGUGGAGUAGUUUGACAUUUUCAUGUGAACAUUCUGCCAUCCUGGGAAGGUUACAUCAUGCUGAGACAGGGGCAGCUUAAUGGCAACCGCACUGCACUCUUUGUCUACAGAGGAAGGUCUGUGGUGACUGGGUGGCUUUGUCGAAAUGACCAAAACAUCCCUAAACAUGGGUGCUUCUCUGUGACUGGAACUCUAUUUUAUCCUCUCUGUGAGAAGAGGAGACAUAAAGACUCCACAUUUAGGAGGAUGACAUUAUUACAGCCAAAUGGGCCUGAAUGUACCUUGAAAUUUUUGCUCCAGCUCUGCUCGGCAGGUGGCGCCACAGUCUGUACCUGUCAGUUCCCAUUUUGCUCUCAUGGGGGCAGUGUUGCUCUGCUGUACCACAUGAAAACCGCAUUCCUGCAGUCUGGGCUCUGAGAUUGGGAAAACAAGUUGGGGAGGUACUUGGAAGAGAGGCUUAAAAAGAUUUAACCAAAGUAAAUCCAUUCUGUGUUUAUAACGACUCCACAUGUUGUGCUUCAGGAGUGACAUUUCUAAUCUAAAGGUGAAGUCAACUGUUUGAAGUUUGACACAAUACUAAAGUAGGUCAUGUGAGCACAGUGGGCAUGAACUCGCCUGUUUUCCAUGUCUGGUAGACUGGAAUAGGCUGCUGUUGCACUGUGGAUGUCGAUUAUGCAACCAGUGGAUUCUAAAAAUUGUAAUGCACUCUGCCUGGACUCCUCUCCUCUCAUACUUGUGGUCUCACCCCAUCCACAUGGAGAGAGAGAGAGAGAGGGAGAGGCAGAGUUUCCUUCCAUUACAAAUACAUGUGGCAGCUUCCAAGUGUGGUGGUCCAGAGGCUUGAGGGGUGGCCUGUCACUGGUAGGUCGCUGGCUCAAAACCCCGGGACUCUGCUGGCAGGUAGAGGGUGUCUGGGAAAGCUCUUCAUUUAAAUUCAGCCAUGGAGCUUUAAGGUAAGGCAGCCUUCCUUACACCCAGUCCCCUCUUCUCACCACACUGCUUCAUUAGAAGACCCAGGUGUGUGUGUGUGUGUGUGUGUGUGUGUGUGCAUGGUUCAUUUGCUGGAGAAGGACUUGAAUGCAUGCAUGAUAGACGUCCCUUGAUGGUUCUACAUUCUUUCUCAGCGAGAGUCAACCCCAAAAAGCAAAACCAACUUCCACAAAAUUGGUUGUGUGAUUAAAACAAAAAAGAAAGAAAGAAAAAAAAAAGUUUUG